AUGGACUUGUUUAAGCUGUAUACAAAAAAGAUUUUGGAUUCAUGGACAUCUUUGCGCCUUGGUCUAAAUCAGGAGUCUGGAGGUCCAAACACACAACAAAAAGUUGGAUUAUUGUAUGAACAUCUACCUGAGGUUGUUUUGAAGUCUAAACACGAGGAUGAAAUAAGCGACUUUUUGGAAGAUUAUUUAGAUGAUGAACUAAAUAUUAUUUGUGAAGACAAAUCUCAUGAAGAGGUUGCACGUCUAAUAUACGAAGGACUUCUUCUUUUUCGAAAUAAAAACACCAGUGAACUUCAGGAUAAAAUAGACAAACUGACAACUGGUUGUAAUCUUAAUCAAUGUUUAUCUCAAGACCAAACCACUGACGAUUUGACUUGCAGUGAGUCAGACUCAGGAAGUGAGGAGGACGUUGACAUGGAGUAA